AUGGGAAAUGUGUCCAACACCUCAGUGUUCACCUCCACCUUAUCGGAGAGAGAAGACCUGAUUUUUGGCACUCUCUAUUUAGUCUUUGGCAUCAUGUCCCUGUCUGGGAACUCCCUGCUGCUGCUGGUGGCCCAUCAGAAGCGGUCCCUGCUGAAACCGGCUGAGCUCUUCAUCGUCAACCUGGCCAUCAGUGACCUGAGCAUGACGGUGACGCUCUUCCCCUUGGCCACCUCCUCCUUCUUUGCACACAGGUGGCUCUUCGAGCAGGCCCUGUGCACGCUCUACGCCUUCUGCGGGGUCCUGUUUGGGCUGAGCAGCCUGGCCAGCCUGACGGUGCUCAGCACGGUCUGCUGCCUGAAGGUCUGCUACCCGGCAUAUGGGAGCAGGUUCUCACACAGCCACGCCGCGGGGCUGCUGCUGGCAGUGUGGGCCUACGCCCUGGCCUUCGCCGCCGCGCCCCUGGCCCGGUGGGGCAGCUACGGCCCCGAGCCCUACGGGACAGCCUGUUGCAUCACCUGGGAGGCCUCCAGCAGGGAGGCCAUGCUCUACAUCCUCGCCCUCCUCAUCUUCUGCUACCUGCUGCCCUGCCUGCUCAUCCUGGCAUCCUACACGCUGAUCCUGUGGACGGUGUGGGCAUCGCGGAGAGCUGUGAGGCGGCACACGUCCCCCCGGCGCGGGGCCCGCGGCCUGCAGGGCCUGCAUGGCCUGCUCCUCAGGCUGAGCAUUGCCGUGUGCCUGGGGUUCCUGGCUGCCUGGACUCCCUACGCCGUGCUGGCGCUGUGGGCCCUGCUCGGGGAUGCCAGCCAGGUGCCAGCGCUGGCCUUCGUGCUCUCGGCCGUCUUUGCCAAGUCCUCGACGCUCUACAACCCGCUGGUGUGCCUGUUCCUCAAGCCCAGCUUCCACAGGUUCCUCUCCAGGGACAGGGUGCCCCUGCAGGCCCUGCGCACCCUCCUGUGCUGCGGCUGCCUGGGCGCCGCACUCCAGCCCUUGGCGGGCCCGGGCUGCAGGGGCCACCCCGGCGCUCGCAGGAGCUGCAGCGAUGUUCUUGAGUGUUUCAGUAACUACCCCGGCUGCUACACUGCCCCUCGGCUGCCCGGCAGCUCGGCCCAGCGUGGGGCCUUGGCCGUGCUGGCCGGCAGAGCCGCGGGGCAGCCGGGGCUCGGGAGGACGGUGCAGGUGAUGGUGCUGCUCACGCGGAGGUGGUCAGGCCUGGGCACUGCCAGCGUGGCAGGGGAGGCCCUGCCCUCGGCCAUGGCCAAGGACCUGCUCUGA